AUGUCCGUACCGCUGUCUUCCAAGGAACAGUCCCUGUUCAAGCAGGUUGUUCAGCUCUACGAGUCCAAGCAGUACAAGAGGGGUGCGCAUCUUUCUCCAACGAGACAGACGCUGGCUAACACAGUGCUCNNAGGAAUUAAGACUGCCGACCAAGUCUUGAAGAAGGUGCCCAACCAUGGCGACACGCAGGCCAUGAAGGCCUUGAUCCUCAACUCCCAAGGCAAGACGGACGAGGCCUUUGAUCUGGCCAAGCUCGCUCUCAAGAACGCCAUGAAGUCCAAUGUCUGCUGGCACGUCUACGGAUUGUUGUACCGCUCCGUCAAGAACUACGAUGAGGCAAUCAAGGCCUACAAGUUCGCCCUGCGUCUCGAUCCCGACUCGCGCCAGAUCCAGCGCGACCUUUCNCUUCUUCAGGCCCAGACUCGCGACUGGAAGGGUCUUGUCGACAGUCGCAGGACCAUGCUGACGGCCUCUUCGGGUGUUCGCGCCAACUGGACUGCAAUGGCCAUUGCCCACCACAUGGCCGGUGAUUACCAGGCCGCCGAAAAGGUCUUGACCAUGUACGAAGAAACCCUCAAGGUGCCCCCACCUGCAACCGAUCUUGAGCACCACGAAGCCGUCCUGUACAAGAACACCAUCAUCGCCGAGUCGGGCGACUACGAACGCGCUCUCCAAGGCCUCAAGGCCAUCUACAAGUCCAACCCCGAUAGAACCGCCGUUAUGGAACUCAGAGCCGAGUACUUGUUGAAGCUGGAUCGUAAAGAGGAGGCUGAGAAGGCAUACCGCAACCUGCUCGAGAGGAAUGCUGAGAGACGCGCCUACUACGACGGCUUGGAGAAGUGUCUCGGCCUGGACAGAAACGACCCGACCGCACACACCCAAUUGCUGGACCUUUACAAAUCAUUUGCCGAGAAGAGCGAGAGAAUCGAUGCGCCUAGACGUGUGCCGCUCGACUUCCUUCAAGGAGACGCUUUCCGUGAGGCCGCCGACGUCUAUCUCACAAGAGUCUUCCGCAAGGGUGUCCCUUCGACCUUUGCCAACGUCAAGGCCCUCUACAACGACGAGGCCAAGAAACAGACCAUUGAACAACUCGUCCUCGGCUACGCUUCUCAAGACAACGAGGAGAACGGCAAGAACUGGAAUCUCGCCGUCAACUACUUCCUCGCACAACACUAUGACUACCACCUCUGCCGCAACCUCGAAAAGGCCUUCGAAUACAUUGAAAAGACCAUCUCNCUCAACACCAACCCCCAAGACUACACCUUCCACCUCACAAAAGCCAGAAUCACAAAACACUCUGGCGAUCUUGAAGCCGCAGCCAAGCAGAUGAACGAAGCCCGCGAGAUGGACCGCGCCGACCGCUACAUCAACACAAAAUGCGCAAAAUACCAAUUACGAAACAACCAAAACGAGACUGCCAUUGAGACCAUGGGCCUCUUCACCCGCAAGGAAGCCAACGGCGGCCCGCUCGGUGAUUUGCUCGACAUGCAAUGCAUGUGGUACCUCUUUGAAGACGGUGAGGCCUUUAAACGCCAAAACAAGCUGGGUCUGGCGCUCAAGCGCUUCAAGUCCAUCCACGACAUCUUUGACGUGUGGUACGAGGAUCAAUUCGACUUCCACAGUUUCUCUCUGCGCAAGGGCAUGAUUCGCGCUUACGUGGAUAUGAUUCGCUGGGAGGAUCAUUUGCGUCAACACCCCUUCUACUCGAGAGCCGCAUACUCGGCCAUCGACCUCUACGUCAAGCUCUUCGACGACCCCAACUACGGCUCCGCAAACGGCGACCUCAGCGACGCAGACAAGAAAAAGGCAGAAAAGAAGGCACGCAAGGAAAAGGAAAAGGCUGAAGCAGACAAGAAGGCCGCCGCGGCCGCAAAAGCAACCGCUACUUCGGAAGAGGUGGUCAAGAAGGAAGACACAGACCCGCAAGGCGAGGAAUUGCUCAAGACCAAGGAUCCGCUCGCCGAGGCCAUGAAGUACUUGUCCCCUCUGCUCGAGCAAAGNCCCCUGAACAUCAAGUCCCAACAAGCCGGCUUCGAGGUCUUUGUUCGCAGGGAAAAGUACCUUCCUGCAUUGAAGUGCUUGGUCGCUGCUUCCAAGAUUGAUGCCAAUGACGCGACAGUAGAGGAGCAGACUGCCCGUCUGCGCAAAACUCGUAAGUUGCUAUUCUGUUUCUCCACCUUCCCUUUUGCGAAUGUCCGACUGACGUGA